UGCUAUAUCUCGUGAGGUUAAAUGAUAACAUGAUGGUUGUUAUAUAGCUUUCCUUUGUUUAAUUCAUCAAGCUAUAAGCACAGAUGCUCAAGAGUAAUGGAUUUAACCGGCUCGAAGUGUGUAGUUUGUUUACAAUGGUUUAUUUAUACAGGUUUGCAGACAGAUGUGGCCACUCACUCACACAGACUGGAAUCCUCAAGACAAUGAUCAGACGAAAACGAUUUGUCCUGAAAAUAAUCAUCAUUGUUAUCUUGCUGGGUUUCGUUGCAUUAUUCGCACUCGGGCCGUUAUUUCAUAGACAUAGUGAACACGAUGGGCCCGUGAUGUACGUCGACACGGAGAAAACAAGACCCAAUGUACAUACUAUGCAAGAUGAAGGAACGUAUGAGAAUGCCAGCAGUGGUGACGUUGAAUACAUCGAGGAUUACUGCAACUCCCCAUUUAAGCCGCUUACUGGAGACGAAGGAGCAGUUCCGGAAGGCUAUAAAUUACGAUUGGUUCACGUUUUCACCCGACAUGGUGAUAGAACCUCCCUGCACGCACUGUCGGGAUUCCCAACCAGCAGAUACAGUUGUCACUUUGCGUCAUGGUACAACGGUUCAGAUCCGAAGAUCAGAUAUUUCCCGCAGUACAUGGAUAAGAUGGCGGGGACGCAGCGUUCAAGGAGUCAUUUUAACAACUGGUCACUGUAUCCCAACAAGGCCAAAUGUGGUCCCUCAGAGCUGACCAGCCGAGGAGCUUUGCAACAUAUCCGCAAUGGACAACAUCUGUUUAAGAAAUAUAUUGCUCGGCAUGGGCUGAUUAGUUUGAAAGAAAACUAUUCCAGUCAGGUUAUUGUAAAAAGCACGGCGUAUUCAAGAACGUACCAAAGUGCUAAUGCUUUCCUCUACGGAUUUCUCCCACAAUACAAUGUUUCUAUUUUAGGUAUUCAGUAUUCACAGAGUUUAGAAUUUUGUUCAUCUAACCCUCUUUCACCGGGGAUGUGUUCCUGUCGGAGGGUGCAGACUUUGAGAAACAGACUGGGUCGAUUUUCCAGUCUUAUUUCUAGUAAUAGAGAAAGCCAUCGGAUGGUGAAGCGGCGAGUGGCUAAUGUAUUGGCGAUAGACUAUUUAGCUCUCCCAUGGUUAUCAGCUAUUGGCGAUAUAUUGACACCUGCAUAUUGCCACAAUCUCCCUAAGUAUUGCUCUGGUCUCAAACAAGAACAUUGCGUUUCUGGACCUCUUAUAAACUCAAUAUGGAAAGAAGUUACAGAAACAGAAAACAUCUUACAAGCUGAUGUCGAGUCAAAGAGUAUUGAAUAUGCUAAUAUAUUAAUGUAUCCCGUACUGUUAGAGAUAGCUCAACGACUUAUUCUUGUGUCACAAGGAAGGUUAGAUGUACGGUUUGUGUUAUAUUCCGGUCAUGAUGUCACCUUAGCACCUUUGCUGCAAGUACUAGGUAUUCACAAUGGUCGAUUUCCACCGUAUGCUUCAAGACUGGUCAUCGAAGCGCUGGAGGCAACCAAAACUCAUCUGUUUAUGCUGAAAUUUAUAUACAACGGCGUUGACACGACUAGAAGGAUCCCAUUUUGUGAAUCGGAUCUAGUAGAUGGAAUGUGCCCGCUAAAAGUAUUCCAUAGUUACGUGGUUGAUGAAUUGUCGAAUCAAUAUGAGUUAAGUGGUUGCAAAGUUGAACGAGGUUGAUUUACAUGCGAAGAAGUUGUCACCCUCUAGCAAUGGUCAAUAAUUUGUCCACUCCAGCCAUGGUCAAUAAUUUGUCCACUUCAACCAUGGUCAAGAAUUUGUCCACUCCAGCCAUGGUCAAGAAUUUGUCCACUCCAACCAUGGUCAAGAAUUUGUCCACUC